AUGCCAAAAAUCUCGGAAACAACAGCACCACCGACAUCACCGCAUCCGGAAUCCAGUGCUACCGAGAAAGAGGAGAUGCAACAACACCUAGAGAAAGCCGACGAGAGUUUUGUCUCGUUUAACAAAGAAGAAAGGCCGGAGCACGUUAUGUCUCAUCAGCAGGCAGACGAGACUGCAGCUUUGUACGAAGCCACAACUUUACGAGAGACUGUAGCUGCACAAGAGAUAGAAGACGAUCAUGCAGUCCAAUCACCCAUAUCGGCAUACGAUGUUAUCGAUGAAGAGCCGGUACGAGUGGAGGUUCCCACCACAUCGAUUUCAGGUCUAAUGGCUUUCAAUGCACCACCAACACAAAUAGAGGCUACCACAACAUCGUGUUCAACCCCAACACCUCCCAAUGCAAUUCCGGUAACCUCGAACCAACCAACCCAACUCCUUGAAGGCCAGAGAGGUAUCCGCCCUGGAGAACUGCUCACAAACAAGGAUACGGAAGUCCAUGCUGUAACAUCAGCGUCACCCUCAGAUCACACCUUGUCUAUCUCUGCAUACACGGCAGAACGAAAUUCUUUAAAACGUCAGCUUGUCGAAGACGAGAACGAAGAGCCAGUGGGCUAUAUUGAUGAAAGAUCAGCAAAACGAACGCGAUCCACGGACAGCCGUAAAUCCAUCGGCGAUCGCAGUACACCAGUUCGUCGCUCAUAUUCCAGCAUGUGGGACGGAUACGAAUGGGCGCUUGUCAAUGAGAAUAUGAGGCAUGGGCCGGAUCAAGCCUUGGAUCUUAACUCUGAAGAUAGGCCAGCUCCAUCGAUCGUUGACCUGUCUAUCAUGGAUCAGAAACCUAUCAUCAAGCAGGAUCCUGAUGAACUUCCGAUGAAUGCACUAGCUUCUUCACAUUCAAUCACUCUGACACCAACUCUGUCUGUCUCAUCAAUCAUACGCCAGCCACCAACAGGACCAAAUGCAGCAACAGAGCAUGUUGACCUUUUUUCUCUCUGCAUACCAUGCACUGGGCCCAAUGGGGCUCCCCAUCCAGCGUCGGAAAACGAGCUCAGCCUCUUAGCAGAUAUACAAAGGAAGGCAAGAAGGAUAUUGAGUGGCGAAAAGGAUAGAGUUGACAUUCGAAGCCGUAUCCCAGCCUGGAUGCGCAAUGGUCUAUCGGAAGAGCAGAAAAAAGGCAUUUUUAAGAUACAGAAAAAAAUCAAUAAAAUGCAAAAGAAGAUCAGGGCUUCACAGUCGGAGAAAAAAGGUGGCAAUGUAAAAGCGAAAGGUGCCAACACCGCCCCUACUAGGCCUACUCCAACACCUACCAAAUACACAUCUGCUUCGGUCAUGCACUGGCAGACAUUUCAUGCGGUCGCACCAACGCCAUCCCAGGCCCACCCUUUGGCACGUCAACAAACUCUUCUGCCCUUUGGUCUUGAACCUCUCGACUAUGGCAAUUUGUUCGGCCCGGCCUUAGUAUAUAGUGCACUAAAACAGGUCAACAACAUGCUCGAAAUGUUCGAGGCCAAUGUAAGAUGUUCUCUUUCAGGCCUCGACUUGAUAAACCUACAAAAGAGCACCGGAAGAGUACAAAACCCACCUCCGCCGGGCUGCGCGUCCCUUUCACUUGCGAAUCAACCUUAUCCCAAACUGGCCGGUCCGUCUCUGGUACAUCACGCGCUACAGGAGCUAAACGAGAUGAUGAGAUCUUUUGGGCUUCUCCAGCAGUUCGCCUUGUGUUGGAGAGAUCUGCGGCAGGUGCAGCAUUAG